CGCGUGGUAAGCGGCACUAGGCGGCACUGCGGAGUCACCGACUUGUCCUUUUCUCUGAUGUCGUUGAUACAUGCUUUAGUUGCCCAAGGUCCAACAAUACUUGCUGAGCACAAAGCAGGCAGUCGGGAUUUCUCUCAAGCAACCCAAACUAUCCUGUCAAAGAUACCUCCGAAUAAUAGUAAACUCACUUAUGUCUGGGAACAAUAUCUAUUCCACUAUGUUUCCGAAGGCGGUUUCACUUAUCUGGUCAUGGCCGAUGACUCUGCGGGCAGGAGGAUGCCGUUCGCAUUUCUCGCAGAAUUGCAGAGGAAGUUUCUCGAAGCACCCUCUUCUUCUUCUCUCAAUGACCCAGAACUACCAGCGUAUGGGUUACAAGGAACGUUUGCACCUACUAUAUCCAAUCUGAUGAACACCUAUAAUACUGCUCCACCGGUUGAUGAGAUCGCUCGUGCUCAAGCAGAACUCAAUCAAGUCAAAGACAUCAUGGUCCAGAACGUAGAACAAAUUCUUAGUCGGGGCGAACGAAUUGAACUGUUAGUUGACAAAACAGAUGUCAUGGCCGGUCAAGCCACUGCAUUCAGACGAGGCGCGAGGAGCGUCAGGAGACAAAUGUGGUGGAGGAACAAGAAGAUUCUUGGCUUGAGUAUUUUAGUGGCAUUGGUGCUAGUAUGGAUAUUGUUGGCGCAGUUUUGCGGUGCUGGUUUGAGAUGCGGUUCGUCAAACAAGUGAUCCCUUUUCGAUUCUACCUUCGUGAUGGAUGGUCUAGACCGUCUUUCUUUGUUCCUUCCUGGAUUCAUCUUGUAACAGUAUUCCACACGUUCAGCUAUCCCAUACAUCCCGCGACUUCCACAGUCGUUCAUAAUUCCGAAUCUCAUCGGCCGCUGUGGGCUAUACCUACAUUCGAAGUGAUCAUAUGCCCCGCACUCUACUCGCAUCAAACAAAGAUCCGGCCUAUCAUAUCGCUUUGAAGCUUUUGAAGUUUCCUUGUCCGGAAGGAUAGUCUACAAUUUUUCAGUGGAGCAUCCACAUUCGACCUAGCCAAAACUCCGACCAUUGUCCUUAGGAGUAGCCCAUAUCUACAUACGUAUGC